AUGCUUCUUCAGCCUAGGAUUGCCCUCCGGGCAAUUCAGCUACCCUUUAGGUCCCUGCCGACCCUACCAGUCCGCCGAUUUGCAUCAACCGAGACCACAUCCUCCGACAAGCCUUCAAUCUCGACAUUCGAUGCUAGCGCGACAUUUGCUCCUCCCCCAACCCGAGAUGACUCCGGUGUCAAGAUCCGCACAUACAUUCCUCGUACUCCCGGUGUCCGUCACUUGCGCCGACCAGUCAACGACCACCUUUUCAAAGGCCGCCCCAUUCACCGAUUGACCUUCCCUAAGCGUGGUCAUGCCAAGGGUGGACGUAACAACAGCGGUCGAGUCACCGUUCGUCACCACGGUGGUGGUGCGAAGCGCCGUAUCCGGACUGUUGACUUUUUACGAAUGGCCGCUGGCCCUCAUUUGGUGGAGCGCAUCGAAUAUGAUCCUGGACGUACCGCACACAUUGCUUUGGUUCGCAGCAAAGAGAACAAGCAAUUGAGCUACAUCCUUGCUCCCGAUGGAAUGCGAGCAGGCGAAACCGUGCAGAGCUAUAUGUCUGGUAUCCCCGAAGACCUGUGGAUGAGCAUGGGUGGUACAGUCGAUCCUGGUGUGUUGGCAGCUCGAACUGCAUGGAGAGGAAACUGCCUUCCCCUGCACAUGAUCCCCGUUGGAACUUCUAUUUUCAACGUUGGACUACGCCCUGGAAAGGGUGGCCAGCUGUGCCGUAGUGCGGGUACCUAUGCUACUGUCGUGGCCAAGGGUAGUGACUCUCGGCAGCAGGAACUGGAGGCCGAUUCAACAGAUCAGCCGGAAACUGAGAAGAAGAUCCUGUCCCUGCGUGAAAGGCAAAAGCAAGAGCGUCUGGCCCAACACAUUACUGUUCGUCUCUCCAGUGGUGAAAGUCGACUUAUCCACAAGGAUUGCUGCGCUACCAUUGGUAUUACCAGUAACCCCAACUAUCAAUACACCCAGUUGGGUAAGGCCGGUCGAUCUCGAUGGCUUAACAUCCGUCCUACUGUUCGAGGUCUUGCUAUGAACGCCAUGGACCACCCUCACGGUGGUGGUCGUGGUAAGUCCAAGGGUAAUGUUGACCCGAAGAGUCCUUGGGGUAUUCCGACCAAGUCUGGCUACAAGACCCGUCCCAAGUGGAAGAUCAACAAGGCCGUGGUGCACCCCAGACCCCGCAACCAGGGUCAACGCCGCCGUGGAUACAACUAG